AUGAAUUCGACUAUUAUUGAUCUAACGGACGAGGAUGAAAAUAAGGUGGGAAGCUAUUGAGUUCUUGGACUGACCAUUUUUUUCGUUUCAGAACAUCAUAAUAGAAAAUCGAAAAAGAGUUCGUUUGGAUGGCCGUGUUUGCCUGGACAAUGUGCCGAGACUUUUUGAUGAUCAUGGCUUUCCCCUGAAGCUUAACGACGAUGUGAUCAAUUUCUUCUUGGGCCAAUACUUGCCAAAGUAUGGUUUCGCAGAGCAAUCGUGAGUUUUUUGAAUAUUUGCUUUGAAAAGCCUCAGUUUUGGUUUUUACUUCUGUCAUAGAUAAUCCCAACUGUUUUAAAAAGUGAAGAUUUUCAGGAAAAAAGAAAUCGCGGUUUUCGACACGUAUUUCAUGUCCAAAUUGAGAAGAUAUGAAACGGAUUUGAUGAAUGACGAAAACGUUCUUUAUUCAUUUUAUGUGGUGAAUUUAGUUGUAAUUGUUUUCAGUACGACACUUUGUACAAGGAAAUCCAUCGAAACGGCGAAACGAGGCCUUUGGAAAAGAACGUUCUCGUGAUUCCAUGUCACUACGAGAUUCAUUGGUAAGUUUUUGAAUUUUGAAUCGGAAAAGAAGGCUUUUUACGAGGUAUAGUCAAUGUUUCCCGACUUGAAAGGCGAGGGAGGCGGGGCAGGGGGCGGGACGCGUAGCGUGUGCGUUCGCGGUUCCUGGCACGAGUUCAAUUCAACCGCCAGCGACUGUUUGGAGAGCUAGUUUAUCGCUUUUUUCAUAUAUUUUUCAAUUAUUUAUUUAUUAUGUUCAUGUGUGCAUCAAAAAAUAGUAGAAAACAUUUAAAAAGAGCGGUUGCCGAGCUCUCAAAAGAGUCGCUGGCGGUUGAAUUGAACUUGUGCCAAGGACCGCGAACGCACACGCUACGCGUCCCGCCCCCUGCCCCGCCUCCCUCGCCUUUCAAGUCGGGAAACAUUGACUAUAUUUCAAGAAAAUUUUGAUUGUUUUUCUUCACAACUGUUGAAGGUUUAUUAAAAAAAUCUAAGUAUUUGAAUUUUGAGCUUUAUAACUACUUGUUUUUGCAUGGAAUUUUCGAGAGGUUUGAAGUCGAAAUUCGAUAUCGAUUUUUUCUUUUCUAUUGCCUGAAAACGAAAAUCGGCGAGCUUGUUGAAGGUUCGGGACAAGAAUUCAGCCACUACUUAUCAAAAAAUGGUUCCCAAAAAAAUCCAUUUUUGAGCUUUUAAACAUAAAACUGACCAAGAUAAUGUGAAAAAAAAAUGGAGAAUGAAAUUGAAAUUUUCAGGUUCCUGAUCGUAAUCCACAACCCCCUCGGUUUGGUUCUCAGCAAGGAUGAGAAAAUAAUCGACCAAGAACUGAAAAACGAGGACGAGGAUUUGUUUUGUCGAAUCAUGUUCAUGGACAGUCUGAUGAAGGACCCGAAAAAUCAGUGGGUCUUUGGAAAAUUUAACGUUUUCGAUAACUUUUUGGACCGUACACCUUAAAAAAUGACUUUAACGUUUUUCAGAAUGUAUCAAAAAGCACUUAAUUAUAUUUGAAUUAAUUUAGCUACGAAAUUAGCUUUCGAAAUUCAAUAUUUCAGUUUGAAAAGCUCCCUUUUUGGGAAAAUAAUUAUCUCAGCUUAAAAUUUUUUUCCAUUUUUCUAAUCUCAAGGUACAAAUAAUGCUACCCGUACGUUUCUGAGCCUUUCUAGUGACCACUUUAGUGGCUUGAGCACUCUUAAGUUACCCCUAGGAAUUUUCAGAAGAGACGCUACAGACUUGUAAAUCGGUAACGAAAACCAGACGCUUCAGAGCAUUUUUAGGGAUUUUUUAGUGACUUUAAAACCCUUAAGUGAUCACUAGAAGUUCUCAAAAGCGUCUGAUUUCCUCUGUAACGCUGACCGGACGUUUCUGAGGCUUCCUAGUGGCCACUUUGGCGGCUUGAGCACUCUUAAGUGAUCCCUAGGAAUUCUCAGAAGUAGCAGAUCCUACAGACUUGGAACUCGGCAACGGAAAGCAGACGCUUCUGAGCCUUUCCAGUGACCUUUUUAGUGACGUUAAAACUCUUAAGUGAUCACUAGAAGUUCUCAAAAGCGUCUGGCUCCCGUGGCAACGCAAACCGGACAAUUUUGAGCCUUUCUAGUGACUACUUUAGUGUCUUGAGCACUCUUAAGUGAUCCCUAGGAAUUCUCAGAAGUAGUAGCUACAGACUUGGAACUCGGCAACGGAAAGCAGACGCUUCUGAGCCUUUCCAGUGACCUUUUUAGUGACGUUAAAACCCUUAAGUGAUCACUAGAAGUUCUCAAAAGCGUCUGAUUUCCUCUGUAACGCUGACCGGACGUUUCUGAGGCUUGCUAGUGGCCACUUUAGCGGCUUGAGCACUCUUAAGUGAGCCCUAGGAAUUCUCAGAAGUAGUAGCUACAGACUUGAAACUCGGUAACGCAAACCAGACUCUUCUGAGCAUUUCUAGGGAUCUUUUUAGUGACCUUAAAACCCUUGAGUGAUCACUAGAACUGCUCAGAAGCGUCUGGCUCCCUUGGUAACGCAAACCGGACGCUCCUGAGCAAUGCUAGGGAUCUUUUUAGUGGCGUUAAAACUCUUAAGUGGUUACUAGGAAAGCUCAGAAGCUUCUAGUUCCCUCGGUAAUGCAAACCGGAGGCUUUUGAAAAUUUCUAGAGAUCUUUUUUGUAUCCUUAAAACUCUUAAGUGAUCCCUAGAAUUGCUGAAAAGAGUCCAAAAUUUGAAAAACAAUUUUCCAGAGCUGUGCUAACAAGAAUCCACGAAAGGACGUUCGAUUUGUUGAGAAAUUGGCUCAUCAUGAUCUUCAGCGCGCACAAGUGCGUUAUCCUGAGAAGCCGCAUCAGGUCCGCCUUUUUCCAUGAAACUAAAUUCGCUCUAUCGAUAAGAUUACAGUAUGAUACGGUGCUCCUCGCUGCCGCAGCAGAAGAACAACGUCGACUGCGGACUUUUCGUCCUCGCUUACGCCGAAGUCUUCCUCAUGCACAAAUACGAACUUUGGACGGUCCGUGAAGCAGCUUUCAAGCCUAAAGUUUGACUAGGAGGGCAAAAAUGGAACUUUAGAGUGAUCCCUAUAGGGCUGAAAAACAGUUCCUAUAGGGGUCGAAAAAGCGGUCCUUGAAGGGGUAAAAUCAAAAUGGUCUCUAUAGGGGUUUAAAGUCUGACCCUUAAAGCUCAAGUGGCCCUUAUAUGGGUCUUUCAAUUUCAUUCAAAAACGCUUAUUUAUUCAGUUUUUUGCAUGGAAAUGCUUUUUCGCAUAGAAGUCAUGAAAACUAUCGCCUACUAUGUUCCCUAUAGGGACCACUUUUGCAAGCUCUAGUGACCCAUAUAGGAGUUGGUAAAUUGCUCCUUAUAGAGCACUCUCCAAGGGCCCCUAAGGUUGCCCCUAUAGGGACCCCUCUAGUGUUCGCGAGGACGUAAGGCAUUUUUGAGGAUAGUUAUGUUUAUUUUCCCCAGUUUUCUAUCGUAAUUGGCCUCAAAUUUCUACUCAGAGACGCUAAAUUGAUAGGAAAGUUUGGUUAGUGAACAAAAAAAAAAUUGAAAAAACCCCUAUAGGGGCCACUUCAGUUUUAGGGACUUCACCCCUAUAGAGGACACUUUUUGUUGCCUAUAUGGGUUGUUUUCUCCCCUAUAGGGGCCUCUCAGGCCUUUUUAAGCCCGCCAAAAAGAGUUUUGACCUUCCAGAAGUUUUUAAGAUUUUUUAAACAGAUUUUUUUCUUUUUCUCUCCCAAGUUGAAUACUAAAAUUCAGCUUCAGUGCUAGUUUUUUUCAAGAAAGGAAAUUUCAGUGAAAUUUUUAACCAUGAUAAAGAGACCACAAAAAAAAUCUUCAAAUCAAUAUAAAUCAUGUCCAGAAGAUGCAAACGUCGCAACUGAAGCGAUUCAAGUUUGGCGACGAGUUCACGAGGGACCUACAUAACGGCGAGAUCCGCAAAUCGUUGAGCCAAAUCUUCCAACUCCUCUCAAAGUUCUAA